AGAAUGUUCAGCACAACAAGGACAUGACUCUCGCCAGCAACCGCAGCCUGGCAGAAGGCAAUCUUUUGUACCAGCCGAAGCUGGAGUCUUUGAAAUCAAAUUUGACUGAAAAAUAUCGAGAGCUGCAAGUUCUUUUUGAAGCAUACCAGAUAAAGAAAACAAAACUAGACAGACAAUCCAGUAAUGCUUCGCUGGAGACGCUGCUGGCGCUGCUUCAGACCGAGGGGGCUAAGAUUGAGGAAGACACGGAGAACAUGGCAGAAAAAUUUCUUGAUGGUGAAAUACCGCUGGAUUCCUUCAUUGAUGAGUAUCAGAGCAAGCGCAAACUGGCUCACCUCCGCCGUGUGAAAAUUGAGAAGCUCCAAGAAAUGGUGUUGAAGGGACAGAGACUUCCACAGGCUCAGCCGCCGGCCCAGCCACGAGCAUCCGAGACAACACCCGCACCUCAAGAUUCCUACGCUUCGGAUGCAAACACUCCUCCUUCAGUUGUGCCCCGACGAAUACCGCCCCCUCCGCCUUCUUCGGUCCCAGCAGGACGCUUUCCUACUCCGUUUACUGCAGCCGUGAGUUCAGGACCAGCUCUUUCUUAUCCAGGUGCUCCGUAUCCUCCUCUCCCCCCUCGCCCAGGAGUUCAGUCUGCAGGUCCGAUGGCACAGCCGGGAUACCCACCUCAGUUUGUACCACAGUAUCCUCCAGCUCUUCCCCAAAGACCACCUCGCCUUCCACCACAUCCCGGCUUUAUCCUCCAGUGAAUAUUGUGGUGCGCCUAACUUAUGUAUUGGUGCUUAUAUUUCCUUUUCCUCCCCAUCAGAGACUUACUGUAGGCAGUGGAAAGCCUCUGGAUUUUGCACAGUGGGGCACAGAAUCCGAGCUGUGGCGCAGAGGUUUG